AUGUUUGAAAUUGAAGGUGAUGAUGAAGAUAGUUCAUCAGUAGAAGAUAGUCAACGAUCGGCCAUGGCUGAGAGAAGUAUGGAUUCACGUUCUUAUUCAGGAGCAUGUGCAUCAAGUCCUUGUGAACAUGGUGGUAUUUGUACUCCAAGAGGACAAAGGCUCUUUGAUUGUAAAUGUGUUGGUCCAUGGCGAGGUGUCUAUUGUGGCAUUGCUGAUGCAUGUUAUCGUUCGUCAUGUCAAAAUGGAGGUACAUGUAUGAAUGUAAUUGAUGAUUAUUGGUGUAAAUGUCGAAGUGAAUAUUAUGGAAAAAAUUGUGAAUCAAGAUUCUCUAAUCCUGGUGGUACGGUGAAUAACUGUCGACCAAAUAUUUGUAAUACUGGUCGAUGUGUUUCUCUCAAAACAACUUACUAUUGUCAAUGUCCAGAUGAUCGUUAUGGUGAACAUUGUGAAAAACGUUUCAGUCAUUUUAAGCGAGGGUCUUCUGAUCAAAAAUCGCUUUACGAAUUAUUAAAUCAAGCUAAACGAGAUAUGAAUGAUCAAGUUCUUACUGAUGACAAUGAGGAUGACGACAAAAAAUAG